AUCGUUGUAAACACUCUUUAAUGCAGUUAUAGUGACUCAGUCUAUUUAACAAAUUUUGGCUCAAACUAACUAUAAUUAAAAUUGAAUUCAUUAAUGAUUAAAAAUUAUUGAUUGAUUGAUUUAAAAUUAUGGUACGCAUCGGUAUCAUCGGAUUUAUUUUUUGCUCAUUAACCCUAAACGUCUGCAACGAUGAAGGGGCCAAUGCUGAAGCACUCCCUACAAUUCAACCUGCCAAGUCACUCCCGCCAUUUACCGAAGAACCUCAUAGGGUCUGCACGACUAAAGUUUGUAAUGAUACGGCUUCCAUGAUCAUCACAAAAAUGGACAGAAAAGUGAAACCUUGCGACAACUUUUACAGGUUCGCCUGCGGUAACUAUCUGAACAAUACACUCAUCCCACCUGAUAGAAGAACGAUGGGUGCCUUCGAAGAAAUCGAGAUAGAAAUUCAGAAGCAGUUGCGGCUAGUCCUCGAGGAGCCGAGUCUCCCCAUGGAACCUAAAGCAUACAAACUUGCAAAGAAGUUGUACAAAUCCUGCAUGAAUGAAACUGCAAUUGAAGCUCAAGAUUUCAAGCCACUUCUCAGUAUCUUGCAGAAACUUGGAGGAUGGCCGGUUCUAGAGGGAGACCAGUGGAACGAAGAGACUUUUAACUGGACUCAAUCGGUUUACAAUCUCAGCGACCUGGGAUAUUUUGUCAAUUACUUCUUCAAAAUUAGUAUCGAAGUGGACUUCAAGAAUACUACGAAGCAUGUUCUUUAUUUGGAUCAAGCAUCCCUGAAGCUAUCACGUGAAUACUUAACCGAAGAUUUAAACAAAACAAUAGAGUAUUACAGUUACAUGGUGAAUGUAGCAGUGGUACUUGGUGCCAAAGAAGAAUUCGCUGAGAAGGAACUGCUCCAGUCUCUCAAAUUUGAAAUGGAAUUAGCUAACGUAAGUCUUUUUUUAAAUUACUUCUGUAGUCUCCAUAAUUCGCUUUUCCAGAUUUCUCUACCCGAAGAGAAACGGCGUAAUUUGACGCUUCUCUACAAUCCUAUGACAAUCGCCCAGCUCUCCCAGACGUACCCCAGCAUCCCCUGGAAGGAGUACUUCAACCGCCUGCUUCCACCCUCCAUCCGAGUGGACGACAGCGAAAUCGUUAUCGUCGUAGUCCCCAGCUUUAUCACAAAUCUCGAGAAACUCAUGAAUGAAAUUCCUAAACGAAUUCAAGCCAACUACAUGAUGUGGAGGGCGGUAACAGCAUCACUCAAAUAUUUGAUUCCCGCCAGUGAGACACAAAGGGAAUCCAGAUGGAAAGAGUGCGUUAAUAUCGUCUUAAAACAUCUCUCCAGAAGCGUCGAUGUUCAGUACGUUCGGAAGUACUUCAAUAAGGAUGCUAAAAAGAAUACCAUUGAGAUGGUUGAUGACAUGCGGAAGCAGUUUAAUCAAAUCCUGCAGAAUCUUGACUGGAUGGACGACGAAACGAGGAAGAGUGCGCUGGAGAAGGCUACUUCCAUGACCAGCCAUAUUGCCUAUCCUGAUGUGCUUCUCGAUGAGAGAAAACUCGAAGAGUUCUAUCACGAUUUGGAGCUCAGCGAUGAGAAUUACCUCCAGAAUAUUCUGAAUCUUACGUUAUUCAAAACUAAGUAUUCAUUCAGUAAAUUGAGGAAACCGGUUAAUAAGAGCGAUUGGAGGACAGAAGCAAACCCGACCACUGUUAAUGCUUUCUAUAGUCCGGAUAGAAAUAGUAUAUACCUUCCGGCUGGUAUUCUCCAGGGUGCUUUCUUCAACAACGAUCGUCCAAGGUAUGUGAACUAUGGUGCCAUUGGCUUUCUCAUUGGUCACGAGAUGACCCAUGCAUUUGAUGAUAUGGGACGACAGUUCGAUAAAGAAGGAAAUCUUGUCGACUGGUGGGCGCCUUCCACUAAAGAAAAAUACCUCGCUAAGGCACAAUGUUUUAUCGAUCAAUAUGGAAAUUACUCAGUCGAAGAAGUUGGGUUGAACUUGAAUGGAAUAAAUACUCAAGGAGAGAACAUUGCAGACAACGGAGGAAUGAAGCUAGCCUACUUAACUUACAAGGAUUGGUCAGCCCGUAAUGGCCGAGAGCCAAUGCUCCCCAGACUUCCCUACACCCCAAGACAAAUGAUCUGGAUAAGUGCGGCUAGCACUUGGUGCGAGAAGCACGGAAUUGAAUAUCUUAAGCAGUUAGUUAAAGUUGACCCCCACAUUCCUGAAGAAUUCCGUAUAUUGGGAGUGCUGUCCAAUAUGCCAGAAUUCGCUGAAGAUUUUAAAUGUCCCGUAGGAUCCAGAAUGAAUCCAAAGAAAAAAUGUUCUAUGUGGUGAUUUUUCAAUCAAAUCCGUAGGGGCACACUAGAAAUCCUUAUCGCUCUACUGCAUUUGCCCUGCAUCGUCAUUUCUACAUAAUUGAAUGAUUCAAGUCGAUUUUUCGGCUUGAAAUUCGUUAAGGAACUUCCGCAGUAAGCCCAAAAAACAUGGGAGUGGGGAUGAAGAUUGUACACUUUAACUUCAUUUUCUUCUCCUAUUUUUAAUAAUAACUCAUGAUUCCUGUGGUCAUGAAAAAUGAAAUUGCAGUAAUGUAUUUAGGAAACAUGUACGAUACGAUGAGUCAAGUAUUUGGAUUCUCAAUCCAUUGUCCAUGCUCGUCAUUCCUUGUUGAAGUGUCUCAUACGGCUAUAUACAAAUGACAAUUUCAAUUCUUUCCUCCACACAAACCGAUAUGGACAAUCGUGUUGGGCCUUUCGGGACAAAUUUCCAAAUUACUGAAAUAAUUCAUUCUCGAAAUUUCAGCUCUGUAGCCCAUUUCCUUCUAUUCUCCUAUAAUUACUAUGGAAGUACCUUUAAAAAAUUAGUGGGAACUAUCUUUCAGUUCAACUAUUCCAUGAAAAUUUAUUAAAAUAUAUUGAAUUGAUGAAUCAGGCUUUGUAAAAGCCUUCGUAAGUUCUUUUUAUUUAUCUUUAGCUCAAAUAUUCACAUUUCCAACGCAUUUCUGAUUGAGUUGCCUCAUUUCGAAGCGUCGGAAAAUGAAGUGAUGCUUUUCUCAAAAACGUAUACGUCAUGGGAGUAAAAAAGAAAACCAUUCAAAUUGAUAAAAUGAUAAUCCAAUGACCAACAAUUAAUAGGUAAAUGUUAAGAAAGACCUCCUCAGACGAAAAUCGAUUUUAAAAAUGAUAAAUCGAUUAAAUUAGGUAUGCGGAUUACGAAUCUCGAAAAAUCAAGGGUAAUUAUUGAAAAAAUAGGGGAGCACGAGAAGAAAUUAUACAAUUAUUGGGGGGAUUUCUAAGUGAAAUUAGGAGGAAAGCUGCAGUUCUCAGUGGAAAAGCCAUCGACUUUUUCAUUCAAUUGAGUCAUUAAAUCGAGUCGACACAUAAUCACAAUAAUUACGCUCUGCAGAACGUAAGUAAUCAAUCUAAAUUUUGACCCACUCAUCACCGAGAUAAUUACAUAAUUAACAAAAAUUUAAAAAACUGAAUCGUUAGUUGUAAUAUUAUCUGGAUGCUCAAUAAUGUUGAGAAAAGUGUCAAAAAAUUUUUUUUUACAUUUUCUGACCAAAAACUGUCUUUUCACUUUACUCAAUAAAUCUAAAAAUUUCAUAAGUA